AUGGCGCCGCCGCCGUCACCUCCCACCGCCCCCAAAACCAUCGCCGACUUCUUCGUCCGCCCCGCCAAGCGCCUCCGCUCCAGCGCGACCGCCACCGUCAUCCCCGCCGCCUCCCUCUCCUCCUCCCCCAGCCCCUCCUCGCUCUCGCCGGAGCAGCGUCGCCGCGCCGACACCAACCUCGCCCUCGCCCGCGCGCGCCGCAACCUCCGCCUCGCCGAGUCCAAAGCGUCCGGGGGCGCCGCGAAGCUGGAGGAGCUGCUCGUGGAGGAGACGUGGCUGGAGGCGCUGGACGGGGAGCUGCGCAAGCCCUACGCGCUCGACCUCUGCCGCUUCGUCGCUCAGGAGCGGACGCUCGGCAAGGUGCCGGUCUACCCGCCGACCCACCUCGUCUUCCACGCGCUCCACACCACCCCCUUCAAUAACGUCAAAGCCGUCAUCAUCGGCCAGGAUCCAUACCAUGGUCCUGGUCAGGCCAUGGGAUUGUCGUUUUCAGUACCAGAGGGGAUCAAAAUUCCUUCAAGCUUACAGAACAUGUUUAAAGAGCUGCAUAAAGAUCUAGGUUGUACUGUCUCAUCCCAUGGGAAUUUGGAAAGAUGGGCUGUGCAGGGUGUUCUUAUGCUCAAUACUGUGCUAACAGUGAGGGAGCACCAAGCCAACUCUCAUGCCAAGAAAGGAUGGGAGCAGUUCACUGAUGCUGUCAUUAAGACAAUAUCAGAAAAGAAAUCAGGAUUAGUUUUUCUUCUCUGGGGAAACUCAGCUCAAGCUAAGAUAAGACUAAUUGAUGAAACUAAACAUCACAUUUUAAAGUCUGCCCAUCCAUCAGGCCUGUCUGCGCACAGAGGUUUCUUUGGAUGCAGGCACUUUUCGCAGACGAAUCAGAUCCUGGAGAGGCUAGGGCUAUCCACCAUCGACUGGCAGCUCUAGAUGGCCAUUGGAAGACACCAUGUGACCUGUCCGCAUGCCCGAUAACCACCGCAGUCCAUUCCAUGGAAGGUAGAUGUCGCGAGGUCCAUCGUCCUGGGCCAUCAUUUUGCAGCACAACUUGAACCACUUGGCUGCAGGAAAUGCUACUCUACUUGGUGCUGCUGCAUGUAUAGGGCAAACCCAACUUAGCUUCCUCUCUCACCCUCCGGUCAUACCCUACCUAUGAUGAUCUGAUUAUGUUACACAUUCAUGUCAAACGCUGAUGUUUUGUCUGCUUCGGCUGUCGUGUACGUGCAACUGCUCUGUACGACUAUAUGUCGGCUGCUGCUGAAUGUGUCACAUGGCAACUGGGCCUCUUUUAGGUGUUAUAAACUGCCGUAAAGUGAGAUCUUCCUUCCUCA